CAAUGGCUAUGCUUAGAUACAGUUGAUAGCAGUGUAGAUGCCGUCCUACCAGUUUGCGGAAAAGAAAAUGUUACCACUUUCUCAAAUAUGUUUUACCUUAAUAUAAAAGAAAACUUAGCUGAUAACCAUAUGUGGGUUUCAAUAUUCUUCCGACCGACUAGCAGCCAUUAUACAAGAUGCCAGAGACUUACAUGUUUCCUGUUAUUUAUUUUUUUAACAAUGAUAGGAAAUGCAAUAUAUUUCCGCGACGAAGACGAGUUUUCAAAUGCUGGAUCAGAUAUUCGUGUUGGUCCAUUUUCAUUCUCAUUGAGUGCAAUUUACAUUGCAUUAAUAUCUGCACUAAUUUCAACACCUGCCACCGUAUUUGUAAUUUUGAUGUUCAGUAAAAGUAAACACAGGAAAAACAAUACUAAAGAUUCUUCACGAAGAUAUAGAGUACCGGUAUUGGAUUUUUGGUUGGAUAGAUUAAUGGCAGAUAGUCAUAAGUUAGAGAAAGCUCUUGUUUCAAAGGAACUUUUCAAGAUUGAAAGUACUAUUUUUCCAUAUUGGUUUCAAUAUAUAGCAUGGAUUUUGGCACUUACAGGUAUAGCAGCAUGUUCCGUCUUCUUGACUCUUUACAGCGUCGAAUGGGGGGAAAAGAAGUCUGUGAAAUGGCUUGGACAGUUUUUCCUGUCUUUCUUUAGCUCGAUUUGUCUACUGGAUCCAUUGAAAAUAACGCACGUCACGGAUUAUAUAAAAUGGCUGCGUUAUACAGCGUUUCCAGAGCUGUAUCCUGAAACUGAUUAUACAGGGGAACGUUUACAUUGGAGACUCAGACAAUAUUUCAAUGAUUUGACCAGUUUAAGAGUUGGACCACCUCGACUGAGACAGCUUCGGGUCACAGAAUGUGAAAUGUCUGCUACAGAAUUGCGUCUGGCACUGGGUAGCCCUGAUUUAGAUUACUCUGUGACAUUACAAGUGGAAAUAUCAGACAUUUAUGGAGAUUAUGUCACUGAGGAAAUGAUAGUUAAGGUACAUCUUAUAAUUACUUAG